GUAGAACGGUGGUUCCGGCAAAAUAAAAAGACCUUGUACGACAGCGUCGGAGUCUCCUGCCACGGACCCAGCGGGGGCGGGGCCGCACAUGCGCAGUCGUGCCGCUCAGCCCUCCUCUGUGAGCCCGCCGGCGCACGCGCGGUGGCUGCGGCCGUGGCGGUUCCAGCUGUCGGCCUGCGGCGUUCUUGGACUCCUAGGACACCUAGGCGCGGUGAGCCGGGGUUCGGACCCCGGGCGGGCGGCGGCACGGAGGCGCAGGCUGUGGAGGGCUCGGGGCCUGAGGCCCCGAAGCCGCUGACGGUACUGGUGAUGCGGCCGUGCGCGGGCCAGGACGAGGCCGCGGCUCCGAGCGGGCCGAGAGGAGGCCGGGCCACGGGCAGUGAAGCCGCGGACGCCGAGGAGGAGGCGGGAGACGACGACGCGGACCUGCUAGACACGUCGGACCCCCCGGGCGGCGGCGAUAGCGCGGCCAGCCCCGAGGACUUGGAGGACGAGGCGGAGGGCGGCGCGCAGGCGCGCAGGCGGGGCGCCAAGACCUGCACCUACGAGGGCUGCCGCGAGACCAGCAGCCAGGUGGCCAAGCAGCGGAAGCCCUGGAUGUGCAAGAAGCACCGCAACAAGAUGUACAAGGACAAGUACAAGAAAAAGAAGAGCGACCAGGCCCUCAGUUCUGGCGCCUCCGCCUCCGCCGCCGGCCCCGGGAGCGUCAAGCUGGAGGAAAGUACAGAUAGCAUACUCUCCAUUGUCAAACAAAGAACAGGAUCUUUUGGGGAUCGUCCUGCAAGACCAACUCUUUUAGAACAAGUGUUAAAUCAGAAAAGACUGUCAUUACUAAGAAGUCCAGAAGUUGUGCAGUUUUUACAGAAGCAGCAACAACUUUUAAAUCAACAAGUUUUGGAGCAAAGGCAGCAACAGUUUCCAGGAGCGUCAGUGUGAAGAUUUAUCACGAACCUGUAUGUGUUAUUUAUCUUCCUGCAAUGGAUGAACAUAUUUUUAUACUAAAGAUGAUAAGCUGAUAACCAGGCAUUGGUAGUGCACACCUGGAAUCCUGGAACUUAGGAAACAGACAGGAGGAUCACAAGUUCAAGCCAGCCUGAGCUACAUAGCAAGAUCCUUUCUAAGAAAGAAAGAGGAUAAAACAUUUCCUGUAAAUGUAUGUGUGCAUUUGGGGUAAACAAGUAUUGCAUUUUUGCAUCUAAUUCUUUCAAAUCACCAUGAUUUUGAGAAGAAAAAAAAAAAUCACCUUUAUAAGUUAUUUUGUGUGUGUGUGUUUCUUCAGUCCUUGUUACUGAAGCUCAUGAGGCAGUUGCUUUCUGUGGAAGUCAUAAAGUUAAUAGAUAGUAAUCUCAAAUCAUCUAUUUCCAUGAUUCACAUCAAGAGGCAUUUGGAAACAUAUGGCAUGUUUAGGAUUGUCAUAGUGAACUUGAACACACCUGGGCUUUAGUGAGUGGGCCAGGAAUACAAAAUAUUCUGCAGUGCUGGAGAUAGUCCCAUACAACUAAUACUUACCCAAAAUGCCAGUAAUACUCCUCGGUUGCUCACCAUAACAUGUAGUCAGAGCACCUGAAAUCAGGUUCUUGUAGUGACCUUUCUUGGUAUUUAAGAUGCACUGUCAGGGGUAAGCAUGUUGCAUAACUGUUGGAUCUUUUUUCAUCUACAGGAAAUAAGGAAACUAAAAAUUCAUCUCCUAGAGUUGGCUUCUCAGUUUCAUGUUAGUUAGUGUUGCUCUCCUUCAGAGUGGAUCCUCUUGACUUGAAUUUGUGAGUUUAAAUGGAUUUCAACCCACCAGUACCGGGACAUAAUUGUUUAUCUUAUAUUCAUUUUUAACAGAACAUAGAAGAGGUCAUUUACAAAAAAGAGAUCCUAAAAAUAAAGAGUAACACCAGCAGUUGGUCGCUGCUUUGAUACUGUUAUUCCUAAGUACUCUUCAAACAAUAAUAGGUAAUCUGGAUACUUCUUUUGUAAUUUCUCCUAAGAAAAAAAUGAUAGGUAAUCUGGGUACUUUUUUUUUCUUUUUGUAAUUUCUUUAAAAAGGCAAAAUACUGUUAAGAAUACAGAAUCAAAUGUCAAGAGAAUAUAUCUAGUAGCAGAAUAAAAAAUGUAUGUGUCUCAAGGUAAACUGCAAGAAUUUUUUACUUUGAUGGUUUCUAAGCUCGGAAAUGUAUAUCAUGUUAAAUUUAAACAUAGGUAUUAAGUAUGUACAGGGCUGGAUGCAGCUUAUCGGAGCACCUGUCUAGCAUGUGCAAGGCCCUAGGUUCAGCCCUCAAUACCCCCCACACACAAAAAAAGUAGUUAUGGGGAAAAAGAAUGUUUUCAUUUUGUUAUGUGUUUUAUACUUGCCUAUCUGGGGAAAUAAAAACCACUAUUGCCAAAAUUAUUAAAGUCCAGUUGUUGACCUUC